GCUGUACGAUAUAAAUGUGAGAGCUGGUCAGUCGUCCGGCAACAGAUGCUAUGAGCUACAACAUGAGGGCACUGGGACUGAUUCUUAUAACUCUGCUGCUGCUGACAGCGGGUGAAGCUGAUGACACGGAUGUACAGGGCUGGACUUGCGGAUAUCGAGGGCUGUGCAGAAAGCACUGCUAUGCGCAGGAGUACAUGAUUGGCUACCAUGGUUGCCCUCGAAGAUACAGGUGCUGUGCUUUGCGAUUUUAACCUUUAUGAAGAAGCUCCUGCUUACCAAGACAGCGUGCAGAACCUCUUCUUUCAGCGAAAAUAGAAAUGCUGUGCCGAUUUACGAAUGUUAGCAUAAAGGUCCGGUCACAUCAGCCAAAUUUGGCAUUCAGGAAAGGUUGUAAAUUUUCAACAAUGUGGAGAUGUAUGGAGUCACUUUCAAUCCAAGCAGCUUUCUGUUGGUCAGCGAGGUGCAACGGUAAAUGUGACCGCACCUCAAGGAUGAUUUAUGCGGCAAAAUGUUUGCAUUAUUCUGUCAUCUGCUUUAACAAUCACCUUAAAUAAGACUGAGCAAAAAAAGCAGCAAAAGUUCCAUUUAAGAUAUAUCCACAUUUUGAUUGUCAAAAUGAUCUGCCAAUAUACACUCAGAAUUUAGACUGACCCAUUGUUAAUUAUUAUACUGGUCACUGUAUGCAAUAUGUUUGUGUGCAAUUUGCUCUAAUUGGAUUAAUGGAGAAAGCAGCUCAGCUUUGGUUUCCACGGUAUGACCUGCAUUAAGUAACGAGUUCGCUGACCCACAUUUCUCAUAACGGCAACAAUCCCAUCCAAUACAUAAAGUGCAAAUGCAAGUUUGAUGUCUUUUAACAGUUCGGUCAUGAAGCAACUGGAUUGCUGAAUGCUUUGUCUUGUAUUUUAUGGUGUUUCAAUUAAAUAAAAUUCAUCUUUUAGAAGGUUUAAAGAAGUCCCCCCUCCCCCUCUCU